AUGAAUUUAAGAGGCUUUUUGUGUGUUGUGUGCUUCUGUUGUCUGGUAUCAAAUAUAUUGGCCUUUAAUUGCCUUAACAACGAACGUAAGUGAAUGCCAUGCUGUAUGUCAAAUUGAAAAUUAUAUUUUCAGCUCCAAUAACCAGAAAUCACGACGAGUUAUGCAAACAAGGAAUCGAGGCUUGUGUGAUGAUAGUGAAAGAAACUGGAUACGCAGUAUGGUAAUAAAACAUUUUUGGCAUCAAAUUGUGCCUUCAGCGAAGCUUGACCCACUUGAUUUCAGGCAUUGCGACAGAGAUGGUAUAUGCAAGAACAAUAUUCAGCAGGGAUAUGGUUACAUGUGCUGUUACACACACAUGUGUAAUUUCAUCACCAAUAAGUCCUCUUCUGUCGCCCAAACCUCUGGGACUGUUGCUGCGACAGUCGUCACCCCAACUUCUGAGGCUGUAGAGGCCACAGUCCUCACCUCAACACCUGGGGCUGUUGGAGCGACAGUUGCCACCUCAAGACCUGGGACUGUUAUCGCCACAGUCGUUGUUCCAACCUCUGGAGCUGUUGGGGUCACAAUCGUCGCCUUGAAAAUGCUGUUAUUAAUAGAAUUGGCCUUACUGUAA